AUGGGAUUUGCGUCACGUACAGGGGUAACAGCGGUGACAUGGAGAUGGGCAGUUUUCAGCGCUGGGCUCUCCCUGGAGAGCUGCAUCACCUCCUUAGCCCAGUGCUACCAGCGGUGUGUUCCCAAGAGUCCUCCUGAUGCCCCUGGGAGCCCUCAGUCCUUAUCAGAUCUUUCAUCACAUGCAGCUGAACUGGAGGCCACAAAACCCAGAAGGUGAAGCAAGAAGGAGAUUAACUGAAGGGCUGAGGAACGCAUCAGGAUAUCUUUGAGUGAGAUCUGCACAGAGCCUGCUGCCAGGCUGUGCCUGAGCGAGUUUGUGACAUUGCAGAAGUCUGUGCAGCUCAGAGACACCAGGGGGACAUUUGGUGUACAGGUCUUGGAGGAUGCCUACAGGGUGUUUUUCCCAAAAGGCCUGGGCAGCUCUGCUUACCACUUCAAUCAGGUCUUCCAGCUGACCUGUGGGCACAUCCUGGCUGUGCUGAGUUCAGAGGGGAAGACUCUGCAGCCAGAAAUGCUCAGUUGGCAGUGGCAGGAGGGACCUGAUGCCCAGCAGCCUGGGUAAGAUGGUGCUGAUGGCCUCUUGGACAGCCUGAAGAACUCCUGGAAUGAGUCUUUAGAUAAAUCCUUGCUGGUGUCCUUCCUCAUGGCCAAGGUCAUCCAGGUUCUCACCCACUGCAGCAAGGGGUUUCAGUGCAGGUAG